AUGAUCGAACAGGUCGAUAUCCUAGAGUUGUUGGCCGGGGCUACAGACGAGGAGACAACCCAAGCGACUCAAAACGAGUCCGGCCCCUCCAACUCCUACAGCGGCAAUCCGCUGGAUAAACCAUCGGGUAAGCCUAAAGGCAAAACCUCGACCAAGGGUAAACGUAAAUCAAACGAUUUGGUUACUCGUUACGAGUUUGAAACCCUUCAAAACCAGCUCACUUCCAUGGCUAAUGCAAUGGAACAGAUACAGAAUUUCAUUCUAUCUGAGCCACUCCCGAAACGGGCCAAAACUGACCCGACAUCCGAUGACGAGUCGGACAGCACCCUGAAUGUUAGUAAGGCUGUCGACGAUCUCUUGCAAAACAAAAAGCAAACUGAGCAAGGGGAUUCCGACAUGGCUGUGCUACAAGACUAUGAACAGUUGUAUGAUGAUGGGAGUGCAACUGGGGCCCCAAUCAACGAAAAGUUGGCUGGGCUCAUGACCAAAAUGAUGCGUCAGAAGCUGGCCGAUGACAAAGUCACUGAGAAAUUGAAAAGUCUAGAACGCCCUUCAAAUGUUGAGGCGUUGGGAGUCACCAGGGUAAACCCUGAGGUAUGGAAUACCCUUAAACCAAAGACCCGUUCGCUAGACAUUAAAAUGCAAAAGGCCCAACAAUCCCUUCUAGCAGGUGUGGUGCCUAUUGUGCGGGCAAUUGAAUCACUAAUGGCCACGGCUAACGCCCCCUCUGCGUCCGAUAAACUGGACAAUGCCAGAGUCGAGAUUAACCGACUACUUGACGCAGUCUCCAUGAUUGGGCAUGCCAAUCGUGAACUGAAUCUCCGCAGACGAGAUCUCAUUAAACCCGAUUUAAAUCAACAAUUCGGGGGUCUUUGCUCUGCCCAAGUACCCAUAACUGGACUGUUAUUUGGGGACAACCUUACUCAAAAAUGUAAGGACAUACAGGAAACUAAUAAAUUGGGGCACAAAGUCGGUCAACGUUACCGAGGCUCAACGGGCAAACCUGGCUAUGGACAAUUCCAACGCCGGCGGGACACACGACCGUAUCAGUCGUCGAUGUCCCGCGGGAAUUUUCGCCAGGGCGCUUUAAACUACAAGCGCCACAACAACACCAACUGGCGGGACAAGAAGUUCCAAUACGCUCCCGCAAGACAGUCGAGUGCACCAAACAAAUAGAUCCGUGCACUUCGGUGAGUAAAUACAGUCAAAAUCAAGCUGAUUUACCGAUAGCAACGAAUGCAUCUAAAAACAUACAUGUAUAUGAGUUUGUGAGCAAGCAACAAUUUGGAAAUGCUCACCCCAAAACGGUCUCUAAUGACACAAUGCAUGAGCACAAAUGUGAUAGUGCGAAUAGUAUCAUAGCAGGCAGACUUGCUAAAUUUAUAACAAAAUGGCGUGAAAUAACUUCAGAUAAUUGGGUUCUCAAUGCAGUACAACAUUACUACAUUGAAUUUGCCAAACGGCCUGUACAAAAUACCCUCCCUCGUGAAAUUUUAUUUUCACAACAUGAAGUUAGUCUAGUAUGUGAAGAAAUAGACAAAAUGCGUCUAAAGGGCGCCAUUGUUGAAACAAGCCAUGUAAAA